AUGGCUGGGACCAUAGGAGCUGAGUAUUAUUGUCGGUGCUGUGACACAAGAACUGAUCUGCUUCCACAUGUCAAGAUAUUCUUACAAAUAUGUGAAUCCAUUAGCUCUCAUGAUGACAUCAAGAAAAUUCUCAAUCUGGGGGUUUAUGUUUUGCAAGGUUCGCAGAGAAGUGCCGCAGAGAGGUUGCUGCUUGUAUUUGAAAUAGCCAUGGGAAAGCAAUAUGAUUCAAGACUCGAAAUUGUGCCUGUACUUGACAAUGGCUGGAAUGUUAAUGACAAAUCAACAGGAGUGAUGGUGUGUCAUAAUGGAAAUCAUGCAGUUAAAUCUGCAAUAGACGAGGAGCAUGUAGAUAUCAGACAAGGUUCUCCAAAGAAAGUAUCUACAGAUAUUGAUCCUGAGGUGGAGUCCUUGAAACUUGAAUAUAAAGUUGAACAGACACUGCAAGCCCUCAAAAAGUCUCAGGAGCUGGAAUUCAAGAUAGCAAAAGAGAGGUUGCAUGAUCAAAAUAAUUGCAUCCAGAAUCUGUAUCAGCAAUUCGGCAAGGAAAAGUCUGAAAUUGAACACCACUUGGCUUAUGUUGCUGACCCGGGCUCCAGCUUAUUGAGAGUAAAGUGGAUCAGAUAAAAAAGGAAUUACAUAAACUCGAGGUCGAGGAUAUGAAAGCAGUGUUCGAGGGAUUUGCAAAAACUUCAAAAGAAAUCUUGACACAAUAUCUUGGGCCUACAGAUUUGAGGCUCUUUGAGAACCAGGUUUUCCUGAAAUUUUCUUUAUAUACAUAAUUGUUUGCUUAAAUCUUUUUCAGUAGAUGUGUUAACUAUUUUGAAAUGAGCUAGCAAAACAUUUUUAGUAUUGUGCAUCUCCAUUAGAUUUUGCAAUGCAUAUAUCAUGGGAUACUUUCUUCAUCAAUGCAAAUUUAGUAGUAUUUUUUUCAGAUUGUACUUCGCAAAUUAGAACAGAAGCAGGCAACUAGCGGUUGCAAGGCUGGAAACAAGCUAUGUUGCAGCGUAACUGAACCAGGAGAGCCUCCUGCAAUUAUUUUCUGUGGCAUUUGCUGCAGUGAACCGCAAUGCUGUCGUGAUUCCUGCUACAUACUAUACUCUCCCUCUCUUUUAAAACAUAAAUUUGUUUUACUUUUUGACACGCACUUCUAAGUCCUUUGACCGUAUAAUUAAAAUCAUUAUCGUUAAAUUAUUUUUUUCCGAAUAAAAAUAUAUGAUUAAUAUUAUAAUUAAAAAAAUGAAAAUUUUAGUAAUAAUGAUUUUGGAUAUGCGAUCAAAAGACUUAAAAGUGUGUGCCAUAAAGGUAAGCGACCUAUAUUUUGAAACGGAGGGAAUAGCAAGACUGAUAAUUCUGCAUAUGAAAAGCUUGGAUUUAAUAAAUUUUGCUCAGAAUGACAUGACAAUUGAGGCAAUUGAGGUGGGGUGUUUUAAUUAGUUCUAUUUAUGUGAAUACAGAGAGCUCAUUUCAAUUAAAACUUAACAUAUGUCAUAUUAUGAAUUUUUUUGCAAAUGAAGCAUUUUCCAUCUAGAAAUUAGAAUGUGGUCUGAAAUCCAACAUGGCUGGGACAACAGGAGCUCUUGAUGCCUGAGUACUAUUGUCGGUGCUGCGACACAAGAAGUGAUCUGCUUCCACAUGUCAAGAAAUUUUUACAAAUAUGUGUUGAGAACUAAUUCAUCUAAAACCUUAAGGUUAGUCCAUUUCAAACUUUAAGGUGUUAGAGGAAGGCCCCAAAUGGAUAUUAUGCUAUAUUUCAACAAUACGUGAAUCCAUUAGUUCUCAUGAUGACAUCAAGAAAAUUCUCAAUCUGGGGGUUUGUGUUUUGCAUGGUUCCAGAGAAGUGCCGCAAAGAGGUUGCUGCAUAUAUUUGAAAUAGCUAUGGGAAAGCAAUAUGAUUCAAGGCUCAGAAUUGAACCUACACUUGACGACGUUUGGAAUGUGGAUGAUAGAUCAACAGGAGUGAUGUGUCAUAAUGGAAAUGAUGCAGUUAAAUCUGCAAUAGACGAGGAGCAUGUAGAUAUCAGACAAGGUUCUCCAAAGGAAGUAUCUACAAAUUUUGAUCCUGAGGUGGAGUCUUUAAAACUUGAUAUAGUGCUGAACAGACACUGCAAGCUCUGAAAAAAUCUCAGGAGCUGGAAUUCAAGAUAGCAAAAGAGAGGUUGCAGAAUCAAAAAAAUUGCAUUCAAAACCUGUAUCAGCAACUCGGCAAGGAAAAGUCUCAGAUCGAACGCCACAUGGCUUACGUUGCUGACCCAGAUGUCUUGCUCCAGCUUACUGAGAGUAAAGUGGAUCAGAUAAAAACAUAAACUUGAGGAUAUGAAAGCAGUGUCUGAGGGAUUUGCAAAAACCUCAAAAGAAAUUCUGAAACAAUAUUUCGGCCUAGAGAACUGAGGCUCCUUGAGAACCAGGCUUUCCAGAAAAUUUUCUUUAUAUACAUCAUAAUUGUUUGCUUAUAACUUUUCAGUUGAUGUGUUAACUAUUUGGGAAUGAGCUAGCAGAAAACAUUUUUAGUAUUGUGAAUUUCCAUUAGAUUUUGCAAUGCAUAUAUAAUGGGAUACUUU